UGUCUCCCGGGAGUUCCGCCCACAGCAGGAAGCUGGGAGCGCAAGGUCAAGUUCACUCGCGGCUCCGCCCCCAGCCUGGGUCAAGACUAGUUAGUCUUAGGGCGAUCUGCGGGGUGACCCAUCCUGGUCGAGCAGCAGAUCCGCGGUCCCUGUUGACUCUGAGCGGAGCCCCGCGACGCGCAGGUAAGCACAGCCAGCGACCUUGGCUGCCUGCUUCGCCCGCGUGGGUGUCCACGAAGCCUUGAGUCCCCGCGUACCUACCAGGCCCACGUGACUCUCGGGGGCGGCGACUCGGGCGCGCGCGCGCACGACAGAGUCAGAUGGCUGUGGAGCGCAGAACCACGCUAGCCCCACGGUCACUUUUCUGACCGAUUGGCUCGAGCUGACACGGGUUCGGAUCCCCCCUGCAGCACGUUUACAGUCAGUUAAAAGGUGGCCACUGCGGGUGUGGAGGUGUGUGACAGCAUGAAGAACCGAAUCCCUGUGGUGCUUCUGGCCUGUGGUUCCUUCAACCCCAUCACGAAUAUGCACCUGCGCUUGUUUGAGGUGGCCAGAGACCACCUACACCAAACAGGAAGGUACCAGGUGAUUGAGGGCAUCAUCUCACCCGUCAAUGACAGCUAUGGGAAGAAAGACCUGGUGGCUUCCCAUCACCGAGUGGCCAUGGCCCGGCUGGCCCUGCAGACAUCUGACUGGAUUCGGGUGGACCCCUGGGAGAGUGAGCAGGCGCAGUGGAUGGAAACGGUGAAGGUGCUGAGGCACCAUCACAGGGAGCUGCUCAGAUCCUCAGCCCAGAUGGAUGGCCCAGACCCCAGCAAGACACCAUCAGCCUCUGCAGGUGGGUACCAACCCCCUGCCCCAUCUACAAGGGGGGAUUCAGAUGAAGAGUGAGGAACCAAUGGGGUUUGUCUAGCCGUCUCAACAUGGCACUGCCAGAGUUGAAACUCCUCUGCGGAGCUGAUGUCCUCAAGACCUUCCAGACCCCCAACCUCUGGAAAGACACGCACAUCCAGGAAAUAGUGGAGAAGUUCGGCUUGGUGUGCGUGAGCAGGAGCGGUCAUGACCCGGAAAGGUACAUCUCGGACUCGCCCAUCCUCCAGCAGUUUCAGCACAACAUUCACCUGGCCAGGGAACCCGUUCUGAACGAGAUCAGUGCCACAUACGUCAGGAAAGCCUUGGGACAAGGGCAGAGCGUGAAGUACCUCCUCCCUGAGGCCGUCAUCACCUACAUCAGGGACCAGGGCCUCUACAUCAAUGACGGUUCCUGGAAAGGGAAAGGAAAGACUGGCUAGAGGGCCUCCUGGGGAGUAGGGGUAUUCUGCUCUGGGUUCUGGGUUUGUUUCCACAGUGGUUUUUUUUUACCAUGGGUGACUUCCUACUCCAGGAAGAGAUCGUGCCUGUGGCAGAGACAGUCGAGUAUCAGAGCAACUUAAGAGGCAUGACAGGUCAUAAGAUUAGGGUCACUAAGGAGGAGACCUGCUUACUGUGUAAAUGGCAGUCAUGGGAGGCACACUGAUGCUGUCCUGAGCAUGGUUGGCCCCUGAGGGGUCCAUCAAGUCGCCUUCGUUCGGGUUUUGUUUUUGUUUUUUGUUUUAUAACUCGGGCCAGGUGCAGCAUGCUGGUCUUGAUAGGCAGAGUUUGACAGGGCGCUAAUUACUGAGCAGAGGACCUUUUCAACAUCCUCGGCUCAAACAAUAAUAGCAAGUGAGGAUUCAGAAAUCUGGAAACAGAACAUCAUUGAUUUCCAAUGUAUCCUCCCUUGUAACCAUGGCCUGCCUGCCUGUCUGUCUGUCUGCCACCUGCCUGUGGUGUAACAUAAAAUUUUUGACUACCUUCUUUCUAUGUUGUGGUCAAGCAAUAUGUGUUUAAGAUCUGUUUUAUCAUAUGAGCGUAUGUGUGUGUGUGCAUGUGUCUUUACAUGCGUGUGUACAUGCACAUGGGAGGGACAUCAGAGUGCCUGAAACCCAAGUUACUGGCAGUUGUGAGCCCCCUGAUGUGGGUGCUGGAACCCAAACUCCAGUCUUAGGGAAGAGCAGCAAGAGAGUUCUUAACCACUAAGCUGUCUCUCCAGCCCCCUCAAGCAAUAUUUUUGAUACACCAUGUAUUUUUACACUGCUAUACUCUAAGCACCAGGGUUCCCAAUAUCCUGAUUUCUAAAAGGGAACCGAAGUAAAACAGAUGCCUGACUGUUUUAGAAGAUCUUUUGAAUGUUUUAUGACUGCCUGCUUGUUUGAAUAUUGGCAAAAAGAUAAAUAAUAAAUUGACAUCAAAAAUACUAA